UCAAAAACAUUCACAAAAGAAAAGGAGCUCUCGUAAAAUGAAGUUUGGCAAGACCUUUGAGAGUCUUUUGACUUCCGAAUGGCAGAAGCAGUAUAUGAAGUACAAUGAACUUAAGGCCAUGAUAAUGCGGGCCGUGGACGAGGCCCAGGAAGGUCCUUUAAAAAGAGCCUACUACCAAGAGUUUGAGACUCUCUUCCUAAACACCUGCCACCAGGAGCUAACCAGAGUGAAUGACUUCUUCAUUUACAAGGAGGCAGAGGCACAUCGGAAGUUGGCCACACUGAACUACCAGCUAUUAAGAACGGCAACGCCAGGAUUAGGGACUUCCAGGAACCAACAGCAGGAGGAGACCUCAAAGCCGCCUUCGGCUAACAAAUUACGUCUGGCUAUGAGAGAGUUUUAUCUAAGCCUGAUCAUGAUGCAAAACUUCCAGACGCUUAACAACACUGGCUUCCGGAAGAUCUGCAAAAAGUAUGACAAGUACUUAAAGUCCGAGGCAGCUCUCACCUGGUACGAGAGAUUUGUUUUGAGAGCAAGCUUCACCAUGAGCUCGGAACUGGAUCGGAUGAUAGUCACCGUGGAGGAACUGUACACUCAGUACUUAGCUCAGGGAGAUCGUAAUAAGACCAUGGAGAGUCUACGGGUGCCGCCAUUGGGUCAACCAACGCCACCGGUGCACCUCUUUUUCUCGGGUCUAUCCAUGGGCCUCUUUUUUGUGGGCGCCAUCAUGUGCCUGAUUGUGUAUUUCUGCUUAGAUUUGACACCAGAGUUCCGGUUUAUCUUCAUCAACCUUUUCAGAGGACCCCUUUCGGGAGUGAUUUUUGGACUUUACUUGGCAAUUAAUGUGAAUGUUUGGCAAAAGGUUGGAAUUAACCAUGUCCUGAUCUUUGAGCUGGAGCGACGUGAUGCCGUUGGCGGAGUAAAGGCUUUGGAAAUGGCCUGUUCCUUGGCUUACUUGUGCUCCCUAAGUAUUUUGCUGUACUUGCUCCACCAAGAGUUCUAUAUGAACAACCCGUACUUGAUGCCUCUGGUCCCAGUGGUAGUCGCUACUGUGAUUAUUUUCAAUCCUUUUCGCAUCCUUUUCUACACGACCAGGAUUUGGUUACUACGUGUGACCGGUCGCGUGCUCCUGGCUCCCUUCUUUUUCGUGCAGUUCGUUGACUUUUGGCUUGCGGAUCAGUGGUGCUCAGUGGUCAUUUGCUUUUCCGAUCAUUAUCGCCUUAUAAGGUUCUAUGUUCGGUACUUUAUGGGCUGGCCCUCGGCCUUUGAAUUUGGUUCAGAUUACGCAGUGGCUGUCAUCCGGUGUCUGCCUCCUUGGUUGCGUUUCUGGCAGAGCCUAAGGCGAUAUAGAGAUAGUAGCUCCAGAUCCGGGGAUUAUCUGAUCAAUGCAUUCAAGUACGCCCUGUCCGUCAUAGUGGUUAUCUUCUCCACUGUCCAGAAGGAGACGAGUGGAAAUUACGGCAGUGUGCUUCAGAAUCCUUGGACUUGGGUUUAUCUAACCACUGCCUUCAUUUCCUCAUUUUACUCUUUGGCCUGGGACAUGCUAAAGGACUUUGGUUUGUUUAAGGAAUGGAGGGGGGAAAACCUAUUUCUGCGUGAUCAUCUUGUCUAUCCAAAGGUGUUCUAUUAUUUUGUGAUUGUUGAAAAUACGUUGCUGCGUUUCGUUUGGCUUUUAGUGUUUGUAUUGGUUUAUCACAAGGUCUUAGCUUCACAUACUGGCACUACAAUAGUUUCUUUUUGCGAAAUGACGCGACGCUUUAUAUGGAACUUUUUGCGCUUGGAGAACGAACAUUUGAAUAAUUGCGGACAAUUUAGGGCCACUCGGGAUAUAUUCAUAACACGUCUAAAUCCCGAAGAGGAGCAGCUAUUGGAGUCCAUGAUGGAUGAGUCCGAAAAGGUGGGAAAAGAACGCCUUGAUAAGAAGUAUUUUUGA